GAAAUUCAGACACGACCACGCACGGAGCAUUUGGAAGUCAUCCUCGCCCAGUCGCCCCACCACCGCCUCCGUCGACGUCGUCCUCGCCUCCGCCGCGCUCGCCUCACCGCCACCGCCACCACGGCCUUCCUCGUCUCAUCUCCGCCGUGGCCUCGCCCUCGAUACGCUACUGACGGGGUGCCCCUCGCCGUCGACACGUGACCUCCGUCAUUUGCAUCUCAGCUCCAAGAUCUACUCCAGCUGCUGGCCUGUAGCUGGCAGUGGUGACUGGCAGGCUGAUCUGGUUGGACAUGGAGAGCGGGCUGCUCUUGGCACCAGGAUUGGCACCAUCACCGGCACGCUUGUCUCCAAUCUCCAUCGAUAUAAUUGACUGCAUUCGGCUUGGUUGUGCUUGUUUUCAGGGUGAAGACAAGAAGUGACCCAGCAAUUUCCAUUUUCUUGUUCAGGAUGGCAAUGGCCACAUCAUCAUCUUACCCUCCACCACCUCCCUUUUACCGACUGUACAAAAAUUUUGAGCAGGAUCCUUCAUCCGCACCAGAACCUCCACCACCAAUUGAUGGACCAUUCAAAGCUUUGGGUGUUGAUUACACAGGAGAUGUUGUGAUUCCAAGCUUGGAGAGUCAUAAUGUCCGUCAGCUUUAUCCAAAGGGCCCCAAUAUUGACUUCAAAAAGGAGCUAAGGACCCUCAACAGAGAGCUUCAAUUGCAUAUUUUGGAGCUGGCAGAUAUUUUAGUUGAGAGACCAUCUCAAUAUGCUCGUAGGGUGGAAGAUAUCACACUCAUAUUCAAGAACUUGCAUCAUCUUCUCAAUUCCCUACGACCUCAUCAGGCAAGAGCCACAUUGAUUCACAUGCUUGAGAGCCAAAUUCAGCGCCGCAAGGAAGCAAUUGAAGAUAUAAAGCAGAGGAGAGUGGAAGCGCAGAAGCUGCUUGCGGAAUCACUGCAUAUCUUGGAUGCAAGCCAAGCUAACUAGGCUGACGCCGAGUUGGCUGGUUCAAGACUGGUUCUUCUUAGUUAAGAGAGUGUUAGCAGCUUCGAGCCUGCCUUCAGCUACAUGUUGGGUUACUUUGUUGUGGAAGUAUAGAUUGUGAGAUUGAUGCCUCGUGGCUAAACUUAGGGGGUGUUUGAAUGCACUAGAACUAAUAGUUAGUUAGCUAAAAAUUAUUAGUUAGAUUAGCUAGCUAACAAAUAACUAGCUAACUAUUAACUACUUUACCAAAAAUAGCUAAUAGCUAAACUAUUAGCUAGAGUGUUUGGACGUUUCAACUAAUUUUAGCCACUAACUAUUAGUUUUAGUGCAUUCAAACACUUCCUUAAUCGAAAGGUUCUCUAUGCUACUCCCUUC